CACUGGCUCAAUAGAGGCUCGAUAGAGAUCCACGAUUUGGGAAAACAGAUAUGGUACGACUUUAAUUUACGCUGCUAUUGGGAUAUUCUAGCGUACCACAUCUCGGUGAAGUUUGCACGCAGCCUCGAGCUUGGCGUGUUGGCUCUUCGUUACCCCGUAGGCCAACUAGUCCUCUGCAGGUAAACUUUAGCGCAUCUGCAUCUCUGCUGCUCCUAACCAUGCAUAUUGCACACUACCAUGCUGCCAUGCAGCAAAAGCAGAGCCUCGCCUGCGCUCUGCUCACCUAUCGCGCGACCUUCUUGAGGCAUCUGGCUUAUACACCGAGUCUUACACCGGUAUUUCUGACAGGCCUGACCCUCCAAGUGCACUAUACAGCUGUCAGAUGGACAGCAGCUGGCCAUUUUGUCCCCGCGGCUUUGGUCACCAAUCAAUGCAUGAUGCGCAAAUCUCCGCCAAGGUACGUUCACUGUUCCACCCGCAUGCAGCAUCUCGGCCUGUCUCGCUUGUCCUCGCCUCUCAACACCUCCACAGCCUCGCGAUUACGUUGUCUCUCUCCACAAUAUCGACCUAGGCACCCCCGCUACUCUUACCGCUGUGCUGUGCUAAUCAUCGCCGGUAUACACGUCCGCCAAAUUUGGAUACCGCAGGUCAGCAUGCUCCUCGAGAUACUCCAUCCACUGCUUCAAGAACGCGCUGCCCCUGAGAUGUGCGUUAGCAGCGUGCUUUGGGCGAGGCGUGCAGAUGUCGUGAUACGGCGAAAACGGCAGCGAGGGGUAGCAGGAAGUGUGGGCUUGCAGGUGCGGGAUGGACCUUGUCUUCGACAUGCGCCACCAUCCUCUUCACCACAGCGUUUCAACAGUCUUUCAGCCUGCCACACAAAUCUAUCUCCAUCCGCAAUGUAAGCGAUACAGGAGAAAGGUCAUACGUACUUGCUAAUCGUCUCGCUGUCACCGAUCACGCAGAGAUGUCUCUUCGGUCUUGUCAUGGCGACGUUGAGUCUCCUCUUCUCGCCCAGAAAGCCGACUUCAUGAACUGAAUUGCUGCGCACCGUACUCACGACAACAGCUUCUUUCUCGCGGCCCUGGAAACCAUCGAC